AUGCAUCAGCUUCAUAGAUAUCAAAAACAGUAUUUACUGUCCAAGAGAAGGAUUUGCAUGGUAAGAAACUUUCUUGAACAUUUAUCCCUUUAAUAUUAUCUAACCUAGCCACUAUUUUAUUAAAAUCAGAAAGAGAUUCGAUUUGUUCACUGUAAGUAUGAAUCUUCAAAUCUUUAGGCUUUUGGUUUUCUGAUUUUUGAGAAGAAGACUCUUUUUCGUUUUAUUUAAUAGAUUAGUUUUAGGUAUUCAUCUUUUAUUAAAAAGAAAAAGAUAUUUUGA